CGGGGCUGAGGCACAUUCCUGCACUGCAAGGCUUUCUGUUAAGGAUGUUUUGUGGCUUUUGUUUGGAUUGCAGCAUGCAGAAUUACAGCUAUUCAGAGGAGCCUCAUUACAACUCCUGCUGAAGCUCCUAAUCUUCCUCCCUUCUCUUCUGCCCCUACCCCCUACCCUCAUUGGCCUGAAGACAUUGUACCCAGAGUUUGCCUUACUCCCCUGGUGCUAUGUGUAUGGUAAACCUGGUACUAUGGCCGCAUCUGGGACUGGCCAGACAACUGCUGCUGGUUCUCCCUAUUCCAAGAAGGAUUUAAAGGGGAAUUGUACUGCAGGCAGUGCACCAGAGCAGCAUCAGGAGCUUGGGGACUAAGGUUCGUCUGGCAUUAUUACAGACCCACAGAGCUGACCGCAAUGACUGCAGCUGCUCCUCUGAACUGUUGGCAGCAGCCAAGCGGCAGCAUGAAGUGAGAGAUCACUCCCGAGCUCAAGAUGAACUCUACCUUGGAUGGUAAUCAGAGCAGCCACCCUUUUUGCCUCUUGACAUUUGGCAAUUUGGAAACUGUCGAUUUUUGCCUUUUGGAAGUAUUGAUUAUUGUCUUUCUCACUGUAUUGAUUAUUUCUGGCAACAUCAUUGUGAUUUUUGUAUUUCACUGUGCACCUUUGUUGAACCAUCAUACUACAAGUUAUUUUAUUCAGACUAUGGCAUAUGCUGACCUGUUGGUUGGGGUCAGCUGCCUGGUCCCUUCUUUAUCACUCCUCCACUACCCCCUUCCAGUGGAGGAGUCUUUGACUUGCCAGGUAUUCGGUUUUGUAGUAUCCGUUCUGAAGAGUGUCUCCAUGGCCUCUCUGGCCUGUAUCAGCAUCGAUAGAUAUAUUGCCAUCACUAAACCUUUAACCUAUAAUACCCUGGUUACACCUUGGAGACUACGUGUGUGUAUUUUCCUGAUUUGGCUAUAUUCCACCCUGGUCUUCCUGCCUUCCUUUUUCCACUGGGGCAAACCUGGAUAUCAUGGAGAUGUGUUUCAGUGGUGUGCAGAGUCCUGGCACACUGACCCCUACUUCACCCUCUUCAUUGUGGUGAUGUUGUAUGCCCCGGCAGCCCUCAUUGUGUGCUUCACCUAUUUCAACAUCUUCCGCAUCUGCCAACAGCACACAAAGGAGAUCAGCGAAAGGCAAGCCCGCUUCAGCAGCCAGAGUGGGGAGACUGGGGAGGUACAGACCUGUCCUGAUAAGCGCUAUGCCAUGGUCCUGUUCCGAAUUACUAGUGUAUUUUACAUCCUCUGGUUGCCAUACAUCAUCUACUUCUUGUUGGAGAGCUCCACUGGCCACAGCAACCGCUUCGCCUCCUUCUUGACCACCUGGCUUGCUAUUAGUAACAGUUUCUGCAACUGUGUCAUUUAUAGUCUCUCCAACAGUGUCUUCCAAAGGGGACUAAAGCACCUCUCAGGAGCCAUGUGUACUUCUUGUGCAAGUCAGACCAUAGCUAAGGACCCUUACACGGUAACAGUUCAUGAGUAUUUCCUGCUUCUUGGGCCUCUCCAUGAUGGAUUACUAUGAAGAAGAAGAAACAAUAACAAAGCAGGAAAAGGUUGACAGUGCAGUUAGCAUUUAUGCCUUAUCUAUAUAUGAUUUGGGACCGUUUUGCCAAACAUUGAAUAAUUUUCCUGUGGGAAACUUGAGCCCUAAAAGGAAAUGAACAUAGCUAAAAGACUGCAUAUCACAUGGGACUUAGGUUUAUUUUUAGAAUGGCACUAUAAUGCCAUAUUUGGAUUGAAACAAUGUGAUAGCAGUACAUUAUUUUAUUAAAAAGGUAUCUUUUCUGAAGAAGUCAUCUAAUUUUCUGUCACAUUGUAUGCCAUAGAGUUAACGUAAGAAGUAUGUAACUAUUUAGCUGACAAGUGCUAAAGUAUGUAUUAAAGUUAGAGGCACUUGCUUGUCUGGCAGACAUUACUGGAGCCUGUUUUCUGAGUCUGCUCUGUAUAAUAUUCUCUGGCAGUUCAUUGCCAUAGUACAUAGUUGUCUUUUUGUUGUGCAUGUUCAGAGUAAGUUGUUUUCUUUAUUGGAUGGGAAAAAGAGUAAAGGAAAAUUAGUAGCAUUGGGCGUUGGUAUAGUUAUCUGAUUGUCUGGAAAUGGAAGAGCACUUCCCUAAAUGAGACAAAAAUAGAGAAACCCAAAUGGGUUUUGCCUCUGAGAAAUGAUUUUUUUUUUUUUUUUAAAGAUGAUU